AUGCAAUACUUCACCACGCAGCUGAACAGCAAUCAGCAAACAACUCACACCCUACGCGAGAACCAGUACCGCAGGCUCAGGAAGCGCAGGCGUGGAGACGUAUCCCAUGACUCAUCCAGUCCUGAGCCUGAGGCGACUUCAAAAUCCGCUUCGAGAGACCAAUCAUACGCCUCACAUGCGUCCACAGAGAUAGCUCAGCUGCGUGUCGCAGGCCUUUUGCCUGACGACGAGUCCGAUGUGCCUCCUUCGCCAUUUCCACAUGCGCCUGUCAAGGCUGCUGAAGGACGGUAUGGAGCAGGCCAACUACAGGAAGAAAUUGCGAAACCGCCAGCGCGUCUGUACGCCGUUGAUGCCCUGUAUAAGAACAGACCCACAAAUAAGCAAAAUGAAGCAACCUCGCUCAGGAAGACUCACCUCAACGUCCUCUCGACUCUGAUGCACCGUUGCUUACUUGAAGGUGACUAUGAGCGCGCAGGAAGAGCGUGGGGCAUGCUUUUGCGGACCCACGUUGCUGGAGGGCACCCUGUCGAUCCACGUAACCACGGACGCUGGGGGGUUGGUGCCGAGAUAUUGCUCCGGAAAGCGCCCAACAGGAUCAUAGACAGCAACAACAUGUCAAAUAUUGAUGGGCAAUUCAGAGAGCACGACAUGUUCUCCGAGGAAGGGUUCGAUCUAGCAAGAGAGUACUAUGAACGCUUCAUCAUCCAGUUCCCAUACCGCAAGCUCACUCCUCACUCCGUUGACGAGAGGACCUUCUAUCCAGCUAUGUUCUCACUUUGGGUUUUCGAGGUCUGCGAGAAGACUCGUGCGCAAGAGGAUGCUGUCCAGACCGAGGAGCUAGCUAGGGCAAGAGAAAUCGCCGAACGACUUGAUCAGCUCAUCGCUUCACCACCAUUCGAUAAGCAAGCUAGUCUACUGCAUCUCCGUGGCCAUGUUAGCCUCUGGAUCAGCACCCUACUUCUGGGCAGAAGUACCGACGACGAGGACUGGGACAUGGAUACGACCAGCGAGCUUGAGGACAGCAACUCUCCGACUGCCAACGUGAACUACACCAAGCGCAGCAAGUUCUGCAACGAGCGGAAGCAAAUGGAGCAUCACCACAGAUAG